AUGGCUGAUAUUAUUACAUCCAGGUACGCUGUUUUAAGUAUCGAUGAUGAUGAUGAUGAUGAUAAUAAAGAAGGAGUUGAUGUUUCUAAAAAUAAGAAAAUAGAAAAUGAUGAUGGUGAAGCCACCGGGUCUUUAAAAUGUAAUGAGGAAGCAGCAUCAGGCACAUUCGAAAAGUAUAAAGAAGAAAGAGGUGUUAAAAAAAAAAAUCGAGUGAAGAAAAGAAAAAGUCAAAUGAAUUGCACCAACGAUAAUUUUCCCGAUUCGAAAAGUUGGGAAGAGUGGAGAACGAGGGAUGAAAAAUUUGUCGAGAAAAAUUUUGAUGAAGAAUUAUCUAAGGCGAUAUUAUUGUCAAAGCAAGAUUACGAAGAGAAAAAAGAAGUUUAUGAAUUUAUAAAAAAAGAAUGUGAAAAAACAGAAAGGGUGCAAAAGAGAGAUUUGUUGAAAAAUGAAUUAGAAAAAAGAAUUUUAAAAAUUAGUGCAAAUGAUUCACAAUCGUCCACAUCCAACUCGAACAAUAUGUUUAACAGUGAUAAAGAAGUCGAUUUUGCUGUUUCUGCAUCAAGUUUAAAUUCGAAUGAAAGUAAUAGGUUGAAUGUUCGAAGUGAAGAAAAUUUUGCUUUAGUUACACUUCAAGCGAUAUUAGAAAAUAAAGAUAAGGAAAUACACGGAUUAAAAUUGGAAAAUGAAAAAUUGAAUAAUCUUUUAAUGGAUGUCAAAAUGAGGAAUUCGAAAUUGUGUCAAAUAAUCGCACACGGAGAAAGGUUGGUAUGA